UUUACGACAGGCCGGAUUACGGCGCCCAAGAUGGCAGCGCCCAGGGCACCGGCAGCAACCCUGUCCGCUCUGGAUUCUGCGCCGCCGCUAAAUUGCUAAGCCGGCCGGCGCUUAAACUUCCUUUCCUGGGCCCAUCCCUCAGCCUGAGCUCUGAUCUUCCCCGCCCCCAAGUUCCGCUAGCGCCUGAGCCAUGAGGCUGCAGGAGCUGCUGCGCCGCUCUGGAGCCCCGAGCGCCCUGUGGAGGACGCUGCUGCGACCGUCCCCCACGUCCCGGCGUGGCCUCUUCUCGGGAUCCCCGACCCACUGGAACCAGGUGGUGUCGGAGGCGGAGAAGAUCGUGGGCUACCCGACCUCAUUCAUGAGCCUCCGCUGCCUCCUUAGUGACGAGCUCAGCAACAUCGCUAUGCAGGUGCGCAAGCUGGUCGGGACGCGGCACCCGCUGCUCAACACGGCCAGGGGACUUGUACAUGACAGUCGGAAUAACCUUCAGAUGCGUGGUCUGGUGGUAUUACUUAUUUCCAAAGCUGCUGGACCCAGUCAUACUGCAGCACUAUCUCUCAAGCAUGACAUGGUCAGUGGAAUUUAUCCCAGUCAAAGAAGUCUGGCAGAGAUCACAGAACUUAUCCACACCGCUUUCCUUGUGCAUCGUGGGAUAGUAAAUUUAAGUGAAUUGAAUUCGUCUGAUGGUCCACUGAAAGACAUGCGGUUCGGAAAUAAAAUAGCAAUCCUGAGUGGAGACUUUCUUCUGGCAAGUGCCUGCACAGGACUAGCUCAGUUGCAGAACACUAAGGUCGUGGAACUUGUAUCAAGUGCUCUUAUUGACUUAGUACAGGGGAUAUACUGUGAAAACUCUACUUCAGCAGAGGAAAACUGUAUCACAGAUGAUAUCGGAAUAUCGACUUGGAAGGAGCAGAUUUUCCUCUCCCAUAGUGCCUUGCUAGCAAAGAGCUGCCAAGCUGCAAUGGAAUUAGCAAAGCAUGAUACCGAGGUCCAGGAUAUGGCAUUUCAGUAUGGAAAGCACAUGUCUAUGAGUCAUAAGAUAAACUCUGACCUCCAGCCUUUUAUUAGAGGGAAGUGCAAUGGCUCCAUAGCAUUUAAUUUAAAUUCAGCUCCUGUAGUCUUACAUCAGGAGUUUCUUGGAAGAGAAACGUGGAUUAAACAGAUCAGAGAGGCUCAAGAAAAAGGGACCUUAAACUAUUCAAAGUUACAAGAAGCAAUCCUGGCUGGUAAAGGUGUGACUUCAGCUAUUGACCUAUGUCGUUACCAUGGAAACAAGGCCCUGGAAGCCCUGGAGUGCUUUCCUCCCUCUGAGGCCAGAUCUGCUUUAGAAAACAUUGUGUAUGCUGUCACCAGGUUUCCUUGACACAGAAUUUAAAAAGAGACCAUUGUUCGUUGGCUGAAAAUAACAGGGAAGAUGGGGGAGAGAUCUCCACUGUGAACCAUCUAAAUGUGUCAGUGGUUUAAUUUUUUUUUUCAUUUACCACAUAACCGAAUGAGCUUCGCCUUCUUUUUGGAGCUGCUACAAACAAAAUUAGAAGAAAGAAGAAGGGGGGGAGGUCAAAUAGUUUUCACUUGGCAUGCCAGAAGCACACUUGAGGCAGCUCUAGCAGAAAUAAUUAAUGAGCUUCACUCCUGUGACCUCAGCAAAUGGACAGGAAAUAAGUCCGUAUUGAUUGGACCGAGCUAGGGAUGGCGCCAGGGUGAUGGCCUGUGGUUUCCCUGCACUAAAAAGGACAGAGGGGGGCAGGCAGGCACCUUGCAGGUGUCAUGAUCAACCCUUACUGAACAGGCCAGAAUAGAAGAAUGUGAAGUCAAGAAUUAAUGUACUAAUUUGUCAUUAUUAAGGGAAGUCCAAUGAAUUAAGAAGGAAAACCUUUUCUCUGUCUCUCUGCAAUUAUGUCUCCUCUCAGUUUUAUGUAUUGAAAUAUGAAAAUGCUUUGUUUUUUUGAUAGUUGCUAAAUGUACUAAGAAAAUGUGUCAUGGGUGAUAGGUAGCACUUUUAAGUGCUAUCUGAUAUUUGCUUGGUUCUUAUAGGAAAUGGAGUCACCUCUUUUCUCUCCUGAAGAUUAAAUUUUUAACCACCAUUUCUGAGAAGCAAACUUUUUCUCUCCAUCAAAGUCCUUUUCUCCAACAGUGAGAAGUUCUUUUUUCCUUGAUUGGUGGCAGAAUUGUCUUUCAGAUGAAAUGUAUAAGUUUGUAAUAUUGGGGAUUGAGGAAGACUCUUUUAUUUGUACAAAUUCUCUAUGGUUUCAUUGUAGUUCCAGGGAGUUUGUUGGGGGGGAUUUUGUUUAACCUCACUAUGUUGAAUUUGAAAGUCUUGAACCACAGACAUCCAAUUACAGAAAGAAUAUAAGGAAUAUCACAACCCAGCAACCUGACACUGUCUCUGUUUUGUUCAUAGGAGAUGAUUUUUGUGGUUUGCAUGCAUGCAAUAUGAGAACAUGGUUGACAAGAAGGCUGAGUUUACAUAAAUGAUCUAGAUUGAGACUCAGCUACCUUUCUUCCUUAUGUGGUGUAAUUACAGCCCAAUCUGGAGACAGCUAACACAGCAAACAGAUCUCAUUACAUCCUUCACUCCAACACUGAGUGGAGUUAUUUCUGUUAAAUUCUUCACCCCUUCAAAAAAAAGUCAUAGAGCUUCUUUAUCAGGGACCAAGCGGGUGGCAUAUAUCUGAAUAAAAGAUAGAAAACUGUAUAUGUUAAAUCAUUGUGUCAUUAAAAAACUAUCUUAGAUGUAUUCAAAACAUCACUGUAAUGGUUUGGUUUUAUACAAGUAUGGUUUGAAUGUACGGGCUACAGAUUAGUAGACUUUUAUUUUUCCGUUUCAAUUACUUUUCUCACUGAUGUUGGCUUAAUUAGUAACUGUAGUUAAGAUGUAUUCCAUCAGGCUUUUUCUUUAAUCAUUAACUUCUAGAAAAGCUAUCCUAAUGGUUUGUCUUCCUUAGACAGGGGCCUAAAUGUCCUUUAACUCUUACUAAGAAAAAUGAAUUUUAAUGUUUACAUUUUGUAGAGUAAAAAUUUCCUGUCUCCCAGUGACUAUACCAAAAAAAUCAAAUAAAAUGAGAAAUUUGAAAAGGAGAUCCCUGAUCACCUAAGAAGACAGUAAGCACUCCAUGUGUUGGAUUUGGAGUCAGAAGACCUAGGUUCAAACUUUACCACUUGUUAUCUGUAUAAUUAACUAUUGGACAAGUCAUUUAAACUCUUUGAGCCUCAAUUUCCUCAUCUGUAAAAUGAAGGGAUUAAAAGAUCCCUUCCUGCUUUCAAUCUCUGAUCCUACAUAUUUCUUUUUUAUUUUUAGCUAAUUUAUUUUUUCAGUUAUAUAUAGGAACAGUUUUGACAAUCAUUUUCUGAUAUUUUAGGAUUCAAAUUUUCUCCUUUUCUCCCUGCCCCCCCCCCCAGUGGUAAAUAGUCUGAUAUACAUUAUACCACUACUUUCACCUACCUAUUUCUUUACAUCCACCUGUAUCUCUUCUUCCAUUGCCUAAAACAUUGGCUUUUUUCCUCUGUUCAUUCAUACCUACCCCCUACUUUACCCAUUCCAAACAUCAUAGGAGAAAAUACUGUCCUUCAAGAUUGAGCGUCCUUAAGACAGGAUUGGGAGAAUACCGUGAAAAUAGAGUCUGAAGGGAGCUUCACAGUUGGAAGAAGUAUGAUCAGAAAAGCUAAGGGAUCAAGUUAUAAGCCAAGCAAACAUCAGAGGACUUCCAGAUCUGCUGGCACAGAUUCUUUUAAGUCAAACUAAUACUUGGUCACAAGGGUCAUAAAAUAACAUGGCUACACCUUCUAUGUGCUAAGCACAAUCUGGAUUCCCCCCUUUUCACAUUUCCCUUUCUACCUCUCUUUCUGAGUCUUCUUUCUAGUUUCCUUUCCUUGCCUCUUUCCUAACUGUCUUUCUAUUUCUACCUCCUGCAUCCUGUUACCUUUUUUCCUUUGCCUUCCCUUGCCCUCAGGCACCGAGUCCCUCAUCCUGCCUUCUGUUUGCCCUGCACUUAUACUGCAGACUCAGUAUAAUCAUAGCCUCUCUUUCAGUGUUCUAGCGAUCCAGAAGUAUAUUUCUCUCCUGCCUUUACCCCCUACCCUAAGCUUCACCAUCUUAGCUUGGCACAAGGGAAGCAAGUUGCUUAGAGCUAAUUUAUGCUUAGGUAUGAAUGAGAGAUGGCUCCCUGGUCAAUGUUUUAUUGUCCCAAAUGAAUCUGUAGGGGAUUUUCAGAAAGAUUACAACUAAAUUGUAGGGAAAUCUUAAAUGAGACAAUUUAGCUUACUCUCCUGUUUGAAGCCUGGGAGUGUGAUUAAAAAAAAGAAGCUUACAAGCCCUAAAAAUUCCAGAUCUUCUGAGGAAGGAGCUUCUCUCUUUUUGAGUCUUUUGCCAGCUUUUUAUCUGUAUCUGAAAUCCAAACUGCUUCUACUGCUCUUUGCCUUUCAAUGAAAUUUAUUUGCCAAUUCCUUAUUUAUAUACAGAGGGAAAGAAUUGUUCCAGAAUCACAAUAUGAAAUUUGAAAGGGCCUACAGGGACCAUCUAGUCCAACCCAUAUACAAAAGUAUGUAUAUAAUAUACCUGGCAAGCAUAUUAGACCCUUCAGUCCUCUGAAGACCUCCAAAGAGGAGGAAUCUACCAUUUCUUGAGUACUCGUACUUUUGGAUGACUCAAUUUGUUAGGAAGUUUUACCUGAUAGCAAACCUGAAUUGGCCUCUGUAGUUUCCUCCCAUUGUUACUGGUUCUGUUCUCUGGGACCAAAAAGAACAAACCUCAUCACUCCUCCAUAUUGUAGCUUUUCAAGUACUUAAAAGAGAGCUACCUUGUUUCCACUGAGUCUUCCCUACACAUGUCUAUUUUUUUCACCUGAUCCUUAUAUGUCAUAGACUCAAGGCUCUUCACUAAUCUGAUUGCUCUGGACAAUUUUUUGGCUCAUCAACAUCCUUUUUUUUUUCCAACCCAUACUUUCUGUCUUAGAAUCAGUAGAAGUAUCGGUUCCGAGGUAAAAGAGUGGUAAGAGCUAGGAAAUGGGGGUUAUGUGAAUUUCCCAGUCACAUAGCUAGGAAGUAUCUGAAGUCAAAUUUGAACCCAGGACCUCUUGUCUUUAGAUUUGGUUCUCUUCUGGGCCACCUAGCUGCCCUGCAUCAAUGUUCUUCUUAAACAGUGGUAGUCAUAACCAAACAAAAUACUGCAGAUGAGAACUAAAGAGAUUCAGUGGGACUAUAUUACCUUCCUACUCCUGUAAGAUAUGCCUGUCUUAAUGAAACCCAAAGAUCAUAUUAGCUUUUUUGGCUUCCAAGUCCCACAGCUGACUCAUUGAGUUUGCAAUCUACUUCAAAACCCUCCAUAUCUUUUUCAGAGCAUCUUCUGGUUGAUCCAUGCCUUUUUCCAUCUUGUACUUGUAAAGUUCAUUUUUUUGUACCAAAGUGCAAGACUUCACAUUUGUCCAUAUUGAAUUUCAUCUUAUUACAUUUAACCCUAUCAGGAUCCCUUUGGAUCCUGACUCGGCCAUCUGAUGUGUUAGUUUUCCCUCUUGAUUUUGUGUCUUUGGCAGAUCUGGUGGGCAUGACUCCAUCCAAGUCAGUGACAUAAAUAUUAAACUGCCCAGGGCCAAGGACAAAUCACUGGGUUCUUCUUCACUUGGAGACCCACCAUGUUGAUACUGAACUUUUAACAACUAUUCUUUGAGUCUCACCAUCCAGGCACUUACUUGCCUUUGCUGCCCUGGCCUUUGGGGUGGAUGAAAUUGUCAACUGGACAUUGAUGCAACUCUCCAGGUACCUGCCACCACCUGCUGUAAAAGGAAGAGGCCUGACUCUCCCCUAAAGACAAAAGUCUUUACAAAGGAUCUUCAGGGCAGGGUCUUAACUUAUCCUGAUUUCACCACCCCUCUCCCUCAAGUUGACCCUAAACAUUCUUGGUUUGAUUGUUUGAAACAUAGUAAUUAGUAAAUGACUUGUUAGAGUCAUUUGGGUGAAUGGUUUACCAUCUGUUCCUGAUUCUCAUACAGCUCAAAUUAUGCAUUUUAUUAAAUAUGUGUCUGAUUAACUUUGUUGUAAAUGUUAUUUGAUUACAAUACUAAACUCUAUUAAAGUGCAUUCGGUCUUCAUAA